ACGUCCCGGUGUGUACCAGGCUUGAGGACGAUGAGUGGACGUUUUUUCCCUCAUCAAGCUAUCAAAACUGAUGCAGUUCUCAGCCUGGACGAGGACUCGGUUUUGUCCACCAAUGAGGUGGAUUUCGCCUUCAUCGUUUGGCAAAGUUUUCCAGAUCGGAUCGUAGGCUACCCAGCACGCAGCCAUUACUGGGACAGCGGGAAGGGGAGGUGGGGUUAUACCUCUAAAUGGACCAAUGAAUACUCCAUGGUGCUCACAGGAGCUGCGUUCUACCACAGGUAUUAUCAUCACCUGUACACAUACUACCUGCCGACGUCUCUGCUGUCAAUGGUGGACCAGUUGGCCAACUGUGAGGACAUCCUCAUGAAUUUCCUCAUCUCCGCAGUAACCAAACUCCCGCCAAUCAAAGUCACACAGAAAAAACAGUACAAGGAGACCAUGAUGCAGCAGGGCUCUAAGGCGUCUCGAUGGGCCGACCCAGACCACUUUGCACAGCGUCAGUCCUGCAUGAACUCUUUCACGAGCUGGUUUGGCUUCAUGCCUCUCCUUCACUCUCAGUUGCGUCUGGAUCCCGUCCUCUUCAAAGACCAGGUCUCUAUCCUACGCAAGAAAUACAGAGACAUUGAGAGGUUGUGAGGGGCGAAUCCCUCCCACAGACCUGCAGUGUUCAGUUCACCUGGACUCAUUAGAGACCAGAUACAAAUACAAUAUAUUCCAUCUACAGAAUAAAUGAUAACAAAAUAUGCAACACUGAAUGAUUUUAUCUGCGGCCGAAGAUUUUGUGGCAAGCAUUUGCUCAGAAUAGGACCGGCUCCUUGUGUGUUUGAAUUUGUUGUUGUCGUCGGUGUUGUUGUCUGCGAGGGCCGUAGCGCUGCACAUUUAUGAACAAGAGGCAAA